AUGAUUGGCUCCGUCCCCUCCCCUGCUGCUGCAGCUCGGCCUUCAUACGCGCACCAGGCGCAUGAAUCAUCUGCAAGCAACAGCACCAACAUGUCAGUCUGCAUCGUGGCAAAGCGCACGGGUGGCAUGCCCGCACGACCCUGGCCCCUCCCCCCCCCCGGGCUGCUGGCGCUGACAUCGCGAUGGCGAGCGGGUUCCCGGUCGAAACGCCGAGCCCCGUCCACCCUCCAGAUUUACCAACCCCCACGGGUUUCAUCCAGGGGGGGGUUUAGGCGGCCUGGCUGCGCCUGGGCUUGGCAACCCCACGCGGGGCAGUUGUCGGGCUCUCUGACUCGGCAUCGGCUGGAGCUGGGCGUUGUUCUCGACCUUUGGGCAAAGGGUCCGCCUGCGGGCGGCAGUCUGCGCGGCAGUCUGCGUCAGAACGAAUUGGCAGGAAAGAUCAAGGACGCCAGUGCCGAUAUCGUCCAAUUGCGGGCCGCGGAGACAGCAUCACCUGGCCCCGUGGUUUACGAAGCAUCCCUUGCGCGGGCAGUUUCGCAACAUCUUGCUGCCCGUCUCGACGGCAGUUUCCUGCAUGCGGACACAGCUGGACCAGGCAAGCAUCAGACACGCGAGAAAGAGCAGCAGCAAGAAGGAAAAGGGGGGCACUACUCCGUACUGAGCAACGAUACGAUACGCUCGGUCGAAGAAACAGUGGCAGCAAACUUUGAAACGUCCGCCAAGCCAAUGCAACCUCCAGCGGAAACGUAUCAGGGAAGCUGCGGAAACUACCUUGCCGAAUCCUCUCUGCUCCAGCUGUCCCUGGCCUUUUCAGGAGAUGGAAACGGAACAUGCAUGCUCCAAAUCUCCCGUUAA